AUGAACUCUCGUGGGUUGAUCAUCUUGAUGCUUGGCGUCGUGAUCGCUGUAGCCGUCGCCCAGCAAGACAGUGAUUUGGAGCGGGAGAUGGAGAAGCGCAAGUCGGCCUACAUGCGUUUCGGACGUUCGGACGGUGGAAAUCCAAUGGAGAUGGAGAAGCGUAAGAGUGCUUACAUGCGUUUCGGAAAAAGAAGCGGCGAUGAGCAAGAAGACAUAGUCGGAGCCGGAGGUGAUGAUAUGGAAAUGACGAAGAGAAAGUCCGCCUACAUGAGAUUCGGAAAACGCUCGGGCGCUCCAGAGGAGGACGUGAUGAGUGCGGAGAAGAGAAAAAGUGCCUACAUGAGAUUCGGAAAGAGAUCGUCGGAUAUGGAAAUCCUCGGAAACGAAGGAAUCGAUGGGGCCGCUGAAGACGAGAGCCACGACCUCUUCAAGAGAAAAUCGGCAUACAUGAGAUUCGGAAAGCGAUCGAUGGGACAAGAGGAGGAUCACGACAUGAUGAAGAGAAAAUCGGCCUACAUGAGAUUCGGGCGAUAG